GGGAAUGUCACGUGAUCGCGGUGUCACAUGACCAGCGCCCAACAUGGCGGACGAGGAACCGCUGCUGCCGCCGGGCGAAGACUCCGCCCCUGCCCCGCCCCCCCCGGCCUCCUCCUGGCGAAUCGGAGCCGCUUUUUGGAUUUUGGGGCUCUGUAACAACCUCCCGUACGUGGUGAUGCUCAGCGCCGCCCGCGACCUGCUGGAGCCACGCCCCGGGGAGGAGCGGCAGAAUCGGAGCCGGCACGACUGCGACCCCGUGGGGACUGGGGCCGUGCUAUUGGCUGACGUCGUCCCCGCCCUGGGGGUGAAGCUGCUGCUGCCCCUGGUGGGGCCUUACCUGCCCGACAGGUGCCGCGCCGUGGCCGUGGCUCUGUGCCUCUGGGGCAGCCUCAGCGCCAUGGCCGCGGCCAGAGGGACCCUGAGCGGCCUGGGGGGUGUGGCGCUGGGCAGUGCGGGGGCGGGGCUUGGUGAGGUCACCUUCCUGACCUUGGCCUCCUCCUACCCCAGCAGCUCCGGGCUCUCCCAUUGGUCGUCGGGGACGGGCGGGGCCGGCCUGGGCGGGGCUUUGGCCUUUUGGGGGCUGCGGGCGUGGCUGCCCCUCCCCCACGCGCUGCUGCCCUUCCUGGCCCUGCCCCCGCUGAUGCUGCUCAGUUUUUUCUUCCUGUUGGGCCCCGCCCCUCCCCCCAGGCCGGACCCGCCCCUCCCCCACCCUGACGAAGGGGGCGGGGCCAGCGAAGAUAAAUGGGGCGUGGUCAAGGCCGCGCUCCGCCAGGGGGCGCCGCUGGGCCUCGUUUACUUCGCCGAGUACUUCGUUAACCAGGGGCUGAUGGAGCUGCUCUACUUCCCCUCCUCGCCCCUCCCCCACAGCGCCCAGUACCGCACGCUGCAGCUCCUGUACCAGGCCGGCGUCUUCGUCUCGCGCUCGUCCCUGCGCUGCCUCCGCCUGCGGCGCCUCUGGGGGCUGGCGCUGGCCCAGGUGCUGCUGGCCGCGUUCCUAUUGGCCGCCGUGGCUGUCAAUCAGCUCCUGCCCGGGCUGGGCGUGGCCGCGGCGCUGGCGGUGGGGGAGGGGCUGCUGGGGGGCGGAGCCUACGGGAACGCCUUCGGCAACCUGAGCGAGCAGGUGCCCCUCCCCCAGCAGCCGCUGGCCGUUGCUGUGGUCACUCUGGUGGCCGAAGUCGCCAUCGCUGCGGCCGGAGGAGUCGCCCUGGGGGCUCACGCCGCGUUCUGUGGCCAGGAGUGACCACGGAGUGACCACGGAGUGACCACGGAGUGACCACACAGAUUGGUUACAAAGUGACCCUCAACUGACCAUUGAGUGACCACGGAGUGACCCCUGGAAGUGACCCCUGGAGUGACCACUGAGUGACCACUGGGUUAGCCUUGGAGUGACCACUGAGUGACCACUGGGUUAGCCUUGGAGUGACCACUGAGUGACCACAGAGUGACCACUGGGUUAGCCUUGGAGUGACCACUGAGUGACCACAGAGUGACCAUGGAAGUGACCACAAACUGACCACUGAGAGAGCCUUGAGUGACCAUGAAGUGACCACUGAGUGACCACUGGAACUGACCACUGAGUGGCCCUGGAAGUGACCAUUGAGUGACCACAUGGACUGGUCACUGAGUGACCACUGAAUGACCCAUGGACUGGUCAAGGAGUGACCCUGGGAGUGACCACUGAGUGACCACUGAGUGACCCUAGAAGUGACCACAAACUGACCACUGAGUGAGCGCUGGAUUGGCCUUGGAGUGACCACUGAGUGACCACUGAGUGACCACUGAGUGACCACCAACCCCCCUGACCUGGUCAUUGACCUCCCGGAGUGACCACUGAGUGACCAUGGAGUGACCAUGGAGUGACCACUGAGUGACCACUGAAGGCUGAGUGAUGAGAGUGACCACUGAGUGACCGUCGGCCUCCCUGUGGUCAUCGACGUCCUGGAGUGACCACGGAGUGACCACUGAGUGACCAUUGGUCAUCGGCAUCCUGGAGUGACCACUCUGCAGUUGGUCAUCGAGCUUCUGGAGUGACCGCUGACCACUGAGUGACCACUGAGUGACCACUGACCACUGAGUGACCACUGAGUGACCGGUGAUCACUGAGUGACCACUGAGUGACCGCUGAUCACUGAGUGACCAUGGAGUGACCACUGAGUGACCACUGACCACUGAGUGACCACUGAGUGACCAAUGGUCAUCAACCUGUCUUAAUAACCUCUGAGUGACCACAGAGUGACCGCUGAGUGACCACAGAGUGACCACUGACCGCUGAGUGACCACUGAGUGACCACUGAGUGACCGCUGACCGCUGAGUGACCGCAGCUCGAGCACCGGAAGAUUUUGGGGCGAAAUUUGGGGAUUUUGGGAGGAAAAAAACGACGAAAAAAGGAGGAAAAAAACCCCAAAAUUUGGGAAAUUCCGACGGAUUCGGGGAGGGGAAAAUUCCCGGAUUUUAAAAAAGGGGAAAAAAGGAAAUUUUGGGGGAAAAAAUUGGAAUUUUGGGGGAAAAAAAUGGAAUUUUAGAAGAAAAAAUGGGAUUUUUUGGGGGGGAAAAUGAAUUUUUGGAAGAAAAACUGGAUUUUGGGGAGGAAAAAAUGAAAAUUUUUAGGUAAAAAAUUGAAUUUUUGGGAAAAAUCCGAAAUUUUGGGGGAAAAAAUAUGAAUUUUAGAUGAAAAAAAGGAA